GCUUGGCCAGAUAUACUUCACAAAGUUUCAUCAUAUUCUGGAGCUUUCGUUGCGCAUCUAGGUUUGAAUAGGGAUCCUGAGAUGGUUGCAGUUUAAUGCUGGAUAAAGCCGAUGUAUGGCAAACUGUAGACGCAUCAAGUGAAGAUGGCUGGACUAGUAUUACUGGCUUACAAAAUUACAGACUUUUAAGCACAUUCUUAGUUUAAUGAGGAGAAGUCAUGCAGAGGUCGCGGCCAACAUGAUGAACAAAGACAAGCCAAGGAACAUCGGGGACGAGAGUAAGAUAGUUAGUCCUAAUGGAAACGAGUCCAAAACAGUGAUUGUGUGUAGUAAUCAUAAUGUGUCAAACGGUACUAAAAGCAGUGAGAACGUUUUCGUUCCUAACGACCACCAUGCAGACGAUUUCGAAAAAACUUUGUCAAACGGUACUAAAAGCAGUGAGAACGUUUUCGUUCCUAACGACCACCAUGCAGACGAUUUCGAAAAACCUUACUGCGGAAUAGGUUCUUUUAGGCCUAAGUGUUUCCAAUCGUUCGCGAACAAGAAGACGUUUGUGGCGAUAUUUUGUUUCACCAGUGUUCUCCAAGGAAUGUAUUCGACGUACUUCGUGAGUGUUUUAACCACGAUAGAAAAACUCUACCGCGUGGAGAGUAAAACAACAGGAAUAAUCUUGUCAGCCACAGAAAUCGGACAAAUAGGUGGCGCUUUCUUUUUAACGUAUUAUGGCGGUAGGGGUCACCGUCCGAAGUGGAUAGCUUUCGGAACGUUAUUAUUUGCCACGGCAUGUAUAUUUUGUUCCACUCCACAUUUCCUUUUUAAGAUAAAUUAUCCCGUUUACACCGACCAAGAUAACGCCGGUAACCAAACUUAUGAAACACUACAUAAGCUUAACGCAGAACUGUGUCGCAUCAAACAGAUCACCUCUUCAGAAGUCACACCUCAGUAUGAGAGCGUAACCUGGACGAGAGGUAAUUCCACUGAUUACUUCCCAGCCGCUGAGCCUUAUGGGUGCGGGUUUUCGGAUGUACCAAAUAAAAGAACCUGGUUUGUUCUGACCAUAUUCUUCAUCAGUCUUCUCUUCAUUGGCAUCGGAGCGACAGCAGUUUACACACUCGGCAUUCCUUAUAUUGAUGAUAACGUUGCAGCAAGAGAUUCUCCAAUGUACUUCGCUAUCACAAUCGGUGUCAGGAUAUUUGGUCCAGUCUUCGGUUUCCUUUUGGGAUCCUUUUGCAUUGGAGUAUAUGUCAAUUUUCCAUUUGAAACUGCUAAGCAUCUUACACCAGACGACCCACAGUGGAUUGGAGCCUGGUGGUUAGGCCUAUGUAUGGUUGGUGGAACAUUAUUUCUCUCAGUUUUCCCAAUGGCUUCCUUCCCUCGCAAACUACCCAAGUCCUACUUCUCUGCACAGCGCCAGGUAGCGCUUAUGCAACUAAAUGGUCAGUUGAAUGGAACCAUAUGUAACAACAAUGAACAAGAAAAGGCAUUACUAGGAGAACACAACGUAAAGAAAAACAAUGCAUCGACAUGGAUGGCUGGUAUCCUAGUGAUGGGUGUGGGAAUCUUCUUCAGCGGGACGUUGAUGAGGAGAUUUAAACCAAGUGCUCGGAUUGUGGCUGCAUGGAUCACCCUAGCGGCCUUUGCUUAUUGUUUAGGGAUGGUGGUCCUGAUGUGGGUGGGAUGCCCUGUAAACAUCAGAGUGAGCCUCUUUGACGUCCA